AUGGAGAUGAACGGGAAUGCGGGGGCGAACCGGUCAGACACCCUCAACUCUUCCAGCUCCACAUCCACGCAAAGGAAGAAACGAGAACACGCCAAGAAGCCGGUGCAGUCCACGACAACGGUGAUCCGCGCCCCGCGCGCUCUCUUCUGCCUCCGCCUCGGCAACCCCAUCCGCAUGGCCGCCAUCGCCAUCGUGGAGUGGAAGCCGUUUGACAUUUUCAUCCUGCUGGCCAUUUUCGCCAACUGUGUGGCUCUUGGUGUGGCCAAACCUUUCCCAGAGGAUGACUCUAAUGCCUCAAACCAUGCCCUGGAACGAGUGGAAUAUGUGUUUAUGAUCAUAUUCACCAUUGAAACGUUCAUGAAAAUCUUGGCCUAUGGGCUGGUGAUGCAUCCCAGUGCCUACAUACGCAGUGGCUGGAACUUGCUGGACUUCGUCAUUGUCGUUGUUGGGCUGUUCAGUGUGGUGCUGGAGGGCACAUCCCACAAGCCUGGUGAAGCCCACCACAUGGCAGGGAAGCCCGGAGGACUGGAUGUGAAGGCGCUGCGGGCUUUCAGGGUGCUGAGACCCCUGAGGCUGGUGUCAGGUGUCCCCAGUCUUCAGAUUGUGUUGAACUCCAUCAUGAAAGCCAUGGUUCCACUGCUCCACAUUUCCCUGCUGGUUUUAUUUGUCAUUAUCAUUUAUGCCAUCAUUGGUCUGGAGCUCUUCAUUGGCAGAAUGCACAAGACCUGUUUUUACCCUAGUACCGAGCUGGUAGUGGACGACGAUCCAGUACCUUGUGCAUUUGCGGGAAAUGGGCGUCAGUGUGCAAAUGGGACGGAGUGCAGGGGUGGAUGGGAAGGCCCCAAUGGUGGCAUCACCAACUUUGAUAAUUUCUUCUUCGCCAUGCUGACUGUAUUCCAGUGUAUCACUAUGGAGGGCUGGACUGACGUGCUCUACUGGAUGAACGAUGCCAUUGGUUUUGAGCUACCCUGGGUUUACUUCGUCAGCCUGGUUAUCUUUGGCUCCUUCUUUGUCCUAAACCUUGUGCUGGGUGUACUGAGCGGAGAGUUCUCUAAGGAGAGGGAGAAGGCGGUGGCACGUGGAGACCUACAGAGGGCCAAUGAAAAGCAGCAGAUGGAAGAAGACAUGAUAGGAUACAUGGACUGGCUGGAACAGGCAGAAGACAUAGAUGAGGAUGACGAAGAAGCCAAAAAAAAGCGAAGAAGAAGGAGACGAGUCUUUCUGCGACAGAUCGGCGCCAUGGAGCAAGACAGUGACUCCGACUCAGAGGACUUCGAGAACCUCGACCUUGAUGAUGAUGGCUGCUGUGCUUCAUGCUGCGCCCGCCUCAUGGCCAAUAGUCUCUGUGAUGAACUCUGCAAAUGGAACCACUCGUUUCGCAAGAAGUGUCGAUCUGCUGUCAAGUCGGUUGCUUUCUACUGGUUGGUGCUGCUACUCGUCUUUCUCAACACUGCUGCCAGUGCAUCUGAGCACUAUAAUCAGCCUGAGUGGCUCACAAGGGUUCAGCAAAUUGCUAACAGGGUUCUACUGACACUGUUCACAAUGGAGAUGCUCCUGAAGAUGUACAGCCUGGGACUACAGGUGUAUUUCAUGGCCUUCUUCAACCGCUUCGACUGCUUUGUGGUGUGCGGGGGCAUCGUGGAGACAAUCCUGGUAGAAAUGGAUAUCAUGCCUCCGCUGGGCAUUGCCGUUCUGCGCUGUGUCCGGCUGCUCAGGAUCUUCAAGGUCACACGCCACUGGAAUGCCUUGUCUAACCUGGUGGCUUCCUUGAUCAACUCCAUGAAGGCCAUCGCAUCCCUGCUGUUGCUGCUUUUCCUAUAUCUCAUCAUCUUCGCCCUGUUGGGCAUGCAGCUCUUUGGUGGCAAGUUCAACUUUGAUGAGACGCAGACCAAGCGGAGCACCUUUGACUCCUUCCCAGCAGCCUUGCUUACCUGUUUCCAGAUCCUGACAGGUGAGGACUGGAAUUCUGUGAUGUAUGAUGGAAUCAUGGCAUACGGAGGUCCGAACUUCCCCGGCAUGAUUGUCUGCAUAUACUUUGUGAUCCUCUUUGUCUGCGGAAACUAUAUCCUACUAAACGUCUUCUUGGCUAUUGCUGUGGACAACUUGGCCACUGGUGAAGCUGAGAGCAAAAAGAAAGAAGAGAAGAAAGAGGAGGAGGAAGAAGAAGAAGAAGAUGAGACAGAAAAAAUCGAGAACGAGGAAGAUGAGGAGCAACAGGAGGGUGAGGAACAAGAAGAAACAGGGAAGCAGUCAAACAUAGCUACCUUUGCACCUCCCAUUGAAAAAAUAGUCCCUAUCCCUGAGGGGUCCUCGUUCUUCUGCCUCAGCAAGCACAAUGGGUUCCGGAAAGGUUGCCACAAGCUGAUCCACCAUCCCCUCUACACCAACCUCAUCUUGGUCUUCAUCAUUCUCAGCAGCAUUUCUCUGGCUGCUGAGGAUCCGAUCAGAGCGCACUCCUUCAGGAACACUGUCCUGGGUUAUGCUGACUAUGCUUUCACUUCAAUCUUCACCGUGGAAAUUAUACUUAAGAUGACUGUGUAUGGCGCAUUUCUGCAUGAAGGCUCCUUCUGCAGGAAUUGGUUCAACCUCCUUGACUUGCUGGUUGUGAGCGUCUCUCUGAUCUCCUUCUUCCUGCACUCAAGUGCCAUCUCCGUUGUGAAGAUCCUCCGAGUGCUCCGAGUGCUCAGGCCUCUUCGAGCCAUUAACAGAGCCAAGGGACUUAAGAAUGUUGUCCAGUGUGUGUUUGUGGCCAUCAGGACCAUUGGGAACAUCCUUAUCGUCACCACACUGCUGCUCUUCAUGUUCGCCUGUAUUGGAGUGCAGCUCUUCAAGGGUAAAUUCUACGCUUGCACUGAUGAAGCAAAGCACACCCCGGAGGAGUGCAAGGGUACUUUUGUCGUGUACAAGGACGGUGAUGUGAACCAUCCCAUGAUGAGAGAGAGAAACUGGUACAACAAUGAUUUCAACUUUGACAACGUGCCAAUGGGCAUGAUGGCUCUCUUCACUGUGUCUACCUUUGAAGGCUGGCCUGCUCUUCUAUACAAAGCUAUCGAUGCUAAUGGUGAGAAUAAAGGCCCCAUCUACAACUACCGUGUGGAGAUAUCCAUCUUCUUCAUCAUCUACAUCAUCAUCAUUGCUUUUUUUAUGAUGAACAUCUUUGUUGGUUUUGUCAUCAUCACCUUCCGUGAGCAGGGUGAGGCAGAGUAUAAGAACUGUGAGCUGGACAAAAACCAGAGGCAGUGUGUAUAUUAUGCGUUGAAGGCCACCCCACUGAAACUCUAUAUUCCCAAGAACCCAACGCAGCUGAAGUUCUGGAACAUCAUCAACUCCACGGCGUUUGAAUAUAUCAUGUUUGUCCUGAUCCUGCUCAACACAGUCACUUUAGCUGUGCAGCAUUAUGAACAGUCAAAGUUCUUCAGCUCUGUCAUGGACAUUCUCAACAUGAUCUUCACAUGUCUGUUCACUGUGGAGAUGAUCCUCAAACUCCUGGCCCUGCGACUGAGGCACUACUUCAUGGAUGCCUGGAAUUCCUUCGAUGCUCUUAUUGUGGUGGGCAGUGUUCUGGACAUCGUGGUCACAGAACUUAGUACUGGACACUCCACAGAGGGUUCUGAGGAAAGCUCUAGAGUCUCCAUCACUUUCUUUCGCCUCUUCCGAGUGAUGCGACUAGUCAAGCUGCUCAACAAAGGGGAAGGCAUUCGUACCCUCCUUUGGACCUUUGUCAAGUCACUCCAGGCUCUACCGUAUGUAGGCCUCCUCAUUGCCAUGAUCUUCUUCAUCUACGCCGUAAUCGGAAUGCAGACGUUUGGGAAGAUCGCCAUGCAGGACAACAGCAGCAUCAACAGAAACAACAACUUCCAGACCUUCCCCCAGGCUGUCCUGCUGCUCUUCAGGUGUGCCACAGGUGAGGCUUGGCAGGAGAUCAUGCUGGCCGCCAUGCCGGGGAAACUGUGUGACCCAGAGUCCGACUACGAGCCCGAAGAGGAGUACACUUGUGGAAGCAACCUUGCAAUAGUCUACUUCAUCAGCUUCUUCAUGCUCUGUGCUUUUCUGAUCAUCAACCUCUUUAUUGCUGUCAUCAUGGACAACUUUGACUAUCUCACUCGCGACUGGUCCAUUCUCGGUCCCCAUCAUUUGGACGAGUUCAAAAGACUGUGGUCUGAGUAUGAUCCCGAGGCCAGUGGUCGGAUAAAACACCUGGAAUUGGUGACUUUGCUGCGUAGGAUCCAGCCUCCUCUGGGCUUCGGCAAGCUGUGCCCUCAUCGUGUAGCCUGCAAGAGACUGGUGGCCAUGAACAUGCCACUGAGCGGUGAUGGCACAGUGAGCUUCAACGCCACUCUGUUCGCCCUGGUCAGGACAGCUUUGAAGAUUCGCACAGAUGGUGACCCAGAAGUAGAUAAUGAGGAGCUAAGGAUCAUCAUUAAAAAGAUAUGGAAGCGCACGAAGGCCAAAAUUCUAGAUGACGUGCUUCCACCGAGAGAGGGGAGUGAGAGUGAGAUUACAGUAGGGAAAUUCUACGCCAGUUUCCUGAUUCAGGAUUACUUCAGGAAGUACCGCAAAAGGAAGAAGAACCGGAAGAAGAAGAAGGAUAAGUCCUCUGCUCUGCAGGCUGGACUGCGAACCCUACAAGAUCUGGGACCAGAGAUGCGGUUGGCUAUGUCAUGCGACCUGGAGGGGGAAGAGGAGGAAAUGGAGGGGUAUGGAGAAGAGAUGGGAGAAGAUGAGGAAUUCUACAGGAGUGACAGUGUAUAUGAGCAGAACGAUGAACCUCCUCCAGAUGAGCUUUACCCCGAGUCUCCUGCCAUGGCCAGCACCCCUUUGCCACCCAUGGAAGAAGAACUAGAAGAGGUCAUAGUCAAUGAGGAAAUGGUGGACAUACCUGUGGAAGAGCCAGAGGAGCAAGAGCUUGUGGAGGAUCCUGUGCCACCUUCUCCACCAGUUUGCCAUGAACCCCUGGUCCAGAACAAGGUUGUGGAGGAGCAGCCCAAGCCCACGAUCACCAGGAGAGAAGCCACCAAUGGGUACGUCCCUGUGACCCGGUGGGAAGGCGCCACGGAACCCGCAGAGGAGAACUGCUCAGGGGAGCAGGGAUACUACAGCAGGGAGGAGGACACGGAGAGCACUGCCUCGCGAGACAGGGCUUGGUACCCUGAAGCCCCCCCGGUUUAUCCUGGACAUCGAGAACACAUCUAUGACACCCAACCCCCAAGCCACAGAUCUUAUAGUCCCCAGUACAGCAGCGGUCAUGUCGAGGCUCCACGGACCGGUCGGCGACGUCUGCUCCCUCCAACGCCGACCGGGCGCCGGCCUACAUUUAACAUUCAGCCUCUGAGGAGAAAGAACAACAACGAGGACGUCACCAUUCCUGGCACCUACCGCCAAAACUCUCCGCCCUGCCGAAAACGCACACAGAUGUACAGCGGCCAAGAUCCAUACGGAAGCAGCGUUUCCUCCAUGGGUUCUUCCUCAUCAUGGGCCAACGCGGCACCUCGGCGUGGCCGCCUGCUCUACGCCCCUCUCAUCCUCGUGCAGGAUGAAGGGCAGAAGACCACCAGCGUGAGCAUGUGGGGGGACGAAGGCACAGGUAGUGCCAGCCUUCCCGCCUCCGCCCGGCCUGGUUGGUACACGGACACUCCGGAAAACCAGCCCAACAGCAGGGCUUAUGCUAGCCUCAGGGUUCCCUCCCAGAUCAACUCCCAGUACCUGGACAAGAAGGGCAGUGCGGACAGCCUUGUGGAGUCGGUCCUGAUCUCAGAAGGGCUGGGACUCUAUGCGAAGGAUCCCAAGUUUGUAGACUUUGCGAAGCGCGAGAUCGCCAGUGCUUGCAACAUGACAAUCGAUGAGAUGGAGAGAGCAGCCAAUGAACUGUUGAGCCGAGGGAGCGGUGGUCGGAUGCUGAGCCCUGCCGACAUGGCCUUCCUGUACAGCGACGAGGAGCCCAUGAGGAGCCGAAUGGAGGAGGACCUCGCUGAUGAGAUGAACUGUGUCUGAGCCCCUUUCUCUCUGU